AUGUCACAUACACCGGUACUGUCACCAUCCCACAGCUCCACACGGAAAGACCCCGCGCAGAGGGAAAAGGGGGAAACAAAAAGCUUCAUCCUUACACAGCCGAGUAAAAAGGCCUGGACUUGCCCUCAGUGCGGGCGAACCUCCCUGGAUAUUCGGCACGUGUGCGGGAAUUGUCUUGGGAUGGAAUUCCGUACCAAUAAAGGAAUGAGGACGACGGAUUUCCAGCAGCUGGGCAAUGUUGAUUUGCGGCCUCCGGAUCAUAUCAACGACCCCCAAGUACGUCUUUACAAGAUACCCAACACCCAUCGUGUUUAUCGUCAAUUUGUCGAACCCAUUAGGGUGGAUACAGAUAAUAAAACUAAAUCUUCUUCGGAUUCUCAUCCAGAUAUUUCAGAAAAGGAAGACAGUAGUACCGAGAUCAACCUUGAUGAGUGCACCAAGGAGAUCUGUUAUGAUCGAUAUGAUAAUGAGGAUGAAACACAAAAGGAAUUCGUAUCACCUACAAAGCAAGGUGCGAUUAUCUCAGGCUCCAAAAAAGCGCGUUCAUCAAACCAAUCUAAAAAAAAAUCCGCUAAUUUUACUCAUUUUAUUUCUCUUCCAAUUGGAAAACUCCCGGCGGUACGGCCUUUGGCGGAAGCCUUCUUACAAACCCUACGUGAUUUUCUGGAAAAAGAGUGUGGCACUAAUGAGAUCUCGAUUUCAAAGGAAUCGGCAACCAAAAAAAUGAAAAGUUAUGGAAAAUUUCAUGUGCAAAACCCGAGACCACAAAACGUAACCAAUGUCGAUAAAAUGCACAUUACUCUAUUGAUGUUAUCACUCAAAACUGAGAAGGAUGUGGAGUUCGCAAAGAGUCUUUUACAUGUAUUCGCUGAACGCUGGGUUUCUUUUCAGAAAUUGGAGCUCAAAGAAGAAAUGCCCCAUGACUUCAAAAAGACGGAUGGGCUUCGAGUGACGCUAGGCGGGCUGCAAGUAAUGCCAAAUAGACAAAAUUGUUCUUCAGAUCCUCGCCGAAGCAGCGUUGUCUACAUGGAGCUUUACCACACCGCUCGUCUUAGACAACUUCAGGACAUACUAUUUGAAACCUUUGCGGAGCUAAUAACUGACCAAAAUGAGGCCGAUCACUGCAAACUUCAUCACAUAACUAUUAUCAACCAAAAAUGGUCUUUAGAUCAAAAGUAUAGGUUUUUUGACGCCACAAAGGUGUUGAAACGAUUUGGGAGCGCGUCGAUUGCAGGGAUAGAGACAAAUGAGGAUGGUAUUCAACAGCACGACGUGUGGGUGGAUCGCUUGGAACUAAACCGCCGAUUCGCAUCAACUUCCGAGAAUCAGUAUCAUGUUGAGGAUUUUGUGACGCUCUGA